CAUCUAAUAAGGCUGAUUUCAAACCCAAAGCAGCACAGCUAUAAAAUGUAUAUUUAUGGAUCAUUAAGAACUUCUAAGAUGCUGUUUCUAAUCACUGUCAUUCUUACCCUGUGGGUGUCUUGGGCCGAGGGGCAAGUGGAGUCUUGUGAUUUUCCAGAAAUAAAACAUGGAUUUCUAUAUAAUGAGGCUGGGUAUAGACCGUAUUUUCCAGCCACAAUAGGAAAAUAUUUGUUCUACUACUGUAAUAUGAGUUUUGUGACUCCUUCAUACUCUUCUGGGGAUUAUAUGAAGUGCACAAGCAAAGGUUGGACACCAGAAGUCCCAUGCCUCAGAAAAUGUGAUUUGUAUCAAGUGGAAAAUGGAUAUUUUAAUACAUCACAAAAGUAUUACAUAGAGGGUGAAUCUGUAACUGUUCAGUGCCAUCCUGGUUUUGGUCUUCAGAGUGGAGAAACUGCCAUUGCAUGUACAGAGCAAGGCUGGGCCCCCUCUCCAAGAUGCCUCCAUCUCAGUGAGAUCCCAGAAGAUGUUUCCUGUGGGAAUCCUCCUAAGGUUGAAAAUGGUAAGAUGAUCUCAAAACCGAUGAUGAAGUAUCCACCAGAAGAGAAAGUACGUUAUGAAUGUAACAAGCAUUAUAGACUCUAUGGAGAGGUAGAAGUGAUGUGCAUGAAUGGAACCUGGACAGAACCACCUCAGUGCAAAGGGCAGCCUUGUGCUUUUCCAAAAAUCAAUCAUGGGCAUCUGCUUCAUGCAGAGAGAUAUCGACCGUACUUUCCAGUAGCAACAGGGAAAUAUUACUACUACUCCUGUGAUUCGGGUUUUGUGACACCUUCGCAGUCUUCUUGGGAAUACAUUACCUGCACGAGAGAAGGAUGGACACCAGAAGUCCCAUGCCUCAGAAAAUGUCACUUGUAUGAAGUGGAAAAUGGAUAUGUUUAUCAUGCACAGCGUGAUUAUCUACAAGGCCAGUCUGUAAAUAUUCGGUGUAAUCGUGGCUACAGUCUCCCGAAUGGACACACCUCCAUCACAUGUACGGAGCAGGACUGGUCCCCUUCUCCCAGAUGCGUUCGUGUCAAAACAUGUUCAAAAAUAGAUAUAAACAUUGAGAAUGGAUUUUUUUCUGAAUCUGAUUUUACAUAUCCUGUAAAUAAGCGAACACAAUAUACGUGUAAAUCAGGAUAUGUGACAGCAGAUGGCAAAGCAUCGGGAUUCAUUACGUGCUUGGAAAGUGGAUGGUCAAUUCAACCGACAUGCAUUAAAUCUUGUGACGUGCCAGUAUUUGAGAAUGCCAGAGCCAAACGUAAUGGCACAUGGUUCAAGCUUCAUGACCGGCUGGACUAUGAAUGCCAUGAAGGCUAUGAAAUCGCAGGAGGAAGCACCACAGGCUCUGUAGUAUGUGGUGAGGAUGGCUGGUCUCAUCCACCUAAUUGCUAUGAUUCUACAGGAAAAUGUGGAUCUCCUCCUGCUAUUGAAAAUGGAGACACAACUUCAUUCCCACAAAAAGAAUAUGCUCCAGGAUCAUCAGUUCAGUAUCAAUGCCAGGCCUUCUAUGCACUUCACGGUAACCAACAAAUUACAUGUGUGAAUGGACGGUGGUCACAACCACCAAAAUGUUUAGAAUCUAGUGCUAUGCCAGUAUUUGAGAAUUCCAGAGCCAAACAUAAUGGCACAUGGUUCAAACUUCAUGACCGGCUGGACUAUGAAUGCCAUGAUGGCUAUGAAAUCACAGGAGGAAGCACCACAGGCUCUGUAGUAUGUGGUGAGGAUGGCUGGUCUCAUCCACCUAACUGCUAUGGUGCAAGUAUAAUAUCAGAAGACCAGAUGGGGAGACAUAAAAUAAAGUUAAAAUGGAAAAACUAUAAAAAAAAUGCAUUCAUGCUGCUCCUCAUCCAUGUCACGUUAAUCUUAUGGGUUGCCACUGUUGAGGGACAAGUGGAGUUUUGUGAUUUUCCAAAUGUAAAGCAUGGAAUAGUAUAUGAUGAAAACAAAUAUACACCAGACUUUCCAAGUGCUCCUGUGGGAAAAGUCUUAUAUUACUCCUGCAAAUACAGCUUUGUGUCUCCUACAAGAUCCUUUUGGUCUCCAAUUACCUGCACUGCGAAUGGAUGGUUGCCAACGCCUAAGUGCUUCAGGUUAUGUUUCUUUCCUUCUGUGGAAAAUGGCCAUUCUGCGUCUUCAGGACAAACGCACAUGGAAGGCGAUACUGUGAAAAUAGACUGUGAUGCUGGCUACAACCUACCAAAUAAUGGCGGCACCAUCUCAUGUACAGAGGAUGGCUGGUCCUCUCCUCCCCAGUGCAGUCCCAACAAGGUUUCCUGUGGGAACCCUCCUGAGGUAGAAAAUGGUAAGAUUAUCUCAAAACCAAUGAUAAAGUAUACCCCUGGAGAGACAGUGCGCUAUGAAUGUAAUGAACCUUACGAACUAUAUGGAGACAUAGAAGUGAUGUGUAUAAAUGGAACCUGGACUGAACCACCUUACUGCAAAGAUCCUACAGGAAAAUGUGGACCUCCUCCUGCUAUUGAAAAUGGAGACACAACUUCGUUCCCACAAAAAGAAUAUGCUCCAGGAUCAUCAGUUCAGUAUCAAUGCCAGGCCUUCUAUGCACUUCAGGGUAACCAACAAAUUACAUGUGUAAAUGGACGGUGGUCACAACCACCAAGAUGUUUAGAAGCGUGUGUAAUAUCAGAAAGCGAGAUGGAAAGACAUAACAUACAGUUAAAAUGGAAAUCCUCUAAGAAAUUUUAUUCUGAAACACAUGAUAUUAUUGAAUUUAAAUGUAAAUGGGGAUAUAAGGAAUUGACACCAAGAGCCAGUUUUCGAGCAACUUGUCAUGAAGGGAAACUAACGUAUCCCCGCUGUGGUUAAUGCUGUGCCUGAAGUACAUUCAUCUAAUCAAAUUGUUACAUUUCCUGAAUUUCGUAUAAUUAUAAUCGAAUUUUCUCCAUAAUUUUAUAACUGUCACAUCAUUUUAUCCAUACAUUGGAAAUUACAUCGAAGUGGAUUAUAAUCUCUGAGACAAAUACCUGACCCUGGUACCAACUUAUUAAAAUUUGAUAAACCGUG